AUGCCAGAAGCAUGGAAAUAUUCAGAUAGAGUUAAAGCCGAAACUGAACGGAUGGAUCAGCUUGAACUUGAUGAUUUGGAGAUGGAUGAAGAGGAAAAGUACAACCGGAAGUUGGAAUCUGGACUUUAUACUCUUCAGUUGAUUGCUGUCAUUCUGGGGCAUCUUUGGUGUUCUGAGCACCCUCAAAUGAGAGCAAGAAUUGAACUACUGCUCAAGCAGCAAAAACUGACUAAGAAGGAUGUUAAGGAUAUACUUCAGGAAUAUCACGACAAUAUUGGUGAUGUGGAUGGACCUGAAGAAAUGGAGCGAUCACAGGCAAAGAUUCAAAGGUUCAUCUCGGCGUUGUGA